CAAAAAAAACCCACCAAAAUGAAGCUCUCUUCUUCUCCGGCGAACUCGAUCCCGCCGGCGAACUCCACCGUCGCCGGAUCCAAACGGCGGCGCUCAGCACGCUUCUCCUUCGCCUGCGGAUGCAAAGACACCAAAUCGAUCGCCAUCUCCGAACCAUCCAUGAAAUCCACCCCAACCCCACGAAAUCCCACCGAAACCCUCUCCUCCGGCGAGAUCCCAAGCUACUCCGGCCUUCUCCGGCAGCUCAAAGACCUAGAGCAAAGCGUGAGAUCGUGGCGCGGCCCAUCCCAACCCCAAUCCCAUCGGCGGUGCCGGAGCGAGGGCAGUGGGCGGAUCGAGGAGAGCGUGGCGGUGGUGAAGGUGAGCGAUGAUCCGAUCGGAGAUUUCAGGAGAUCGAUGCUGGUGAUGAUUGUUGAGAAGGAGAUCGUGGAUGGAGAUGAGCUUUGUGAGCUCGUGGAUCGGUUCAUCUCGCUGAAUUCGCCUCGGCAUCACGAUUUGAUUCAUCGAGCUUUUGCUGAGAUUUGGGAUGGUGUUUUCUUGGGUUGCAAGAUUGAGGCUGCAGCGCCGGAGAUUCUCCGGCGAUCGAGCACCGCGCCGGCGCGACGGCGCCGAUGAGUGAUUCCGUCGAGCGCUUGAUUUUUGUGCUAUGUUUGUGUGUGUGUGUGUUUUUUUUGUUGUUAUUUAUUAUUAUAAAUUAUUAUUAUUAUUAUUA